ACGCGGAAAUCUAAAACCGCAUCCCCCUUUUUUCAAAGCCGGCAUGUAAAUACAGCUUAUUCGUUGUUUGCAUAGAUAACGCUAAUUUAAUAUGAACGGUUGGAGAAGGUAGUUUAGAUGUUAGCGACGCUUUAGCGGUUUAGGAGCUCCGAAUGGUUGUGCCCUGAUGUGCAUGCGAUCUGAGCAGAAAUGCUACUAUCCUUGGGUCUAGAUCUGCGGUUUUUGCGGCUAUUGUUUUGUGUUUUUCUUGUUUUCAUGUUUCAAGCAGCAGAGGCCAAGCAAGACUUGAAGAGCGCGUGUUCGACCUGUCGACAAAUCACUGAUAACUUCAGCAAGGGCCUUGAGAAAACAGCAAACCAGAACUUUGGAGGAGGGAACACUGCCUGGGAGGAGAGAAAACUAUCUAAAUAUGAAACAAGUGAGAUUCGUCUGAUGGAGAUUAUUGAGGGGCUGUGCGAUAGCAGCAGUUUUGAGUGCAACCGAAUGCUAGAAGAACAUGAAGAGCAUUUUGAAACUUGGUGGUUCAAGAGGAAAGCAAAAAACCCUGAUCUCCACAAGUGGUUCUGCAUUGAGACUGUCAAAGUUUGCUGUCCAAAGGGAACCUUUGGUCCGGAUUGUAAUGCCUGUGUUGGAGGCUCUGAGAGGCCAUGUCAUGGCAAUGGACAGUGUGAUGGUGACGGGACUCGAGGAGGGAACGGGAAGUGCAGCUGUGACUCUGGAUAUGAUGGGGAAUUCUGCCUGGACUGUAGAGAUGGAUACUUUAAUGAAGAGAAGAAUGACACAUUUUCCCUCUGCACAGAAUGCCAUUUAUCCUGCAAAACCUGCAAUGGACCAACUCACCAGGACUGUGAUGAAUGCAAGGAUGGCUGGGAGGAAGAUGACAAUGAAGCUUGUGUUGAUGUCAAUGAGUGCACUAAAGACCCCACACCCUGUAAAGAGGAUGAGCACUGCCUUAACACCGAGGGUUCCUUCUCAUGCAAAGCUUGCGACAAAGUGUGCUCUGGCUGCACUGGUCCAGGACCAGAAAACUGUAAGGCUUGUGCCAGUGGGUAUCAGGACAUAGAGGGCAACUGCACUGAUGUGGAUGAGUGUUCCCAGCAGGAACCAGUCUGCACCAAAGAGCAUCAGGAGUGUGUAAAUACGAAAGGCAGUUAUCUGUGCAUCUGUGCAUAUGGAUAUGAAGAGGAAGAAGGAGAAUGUGUCCAAAAGCCACAGCCAGAAAAAGAACCAUCAGAAAGUUCACCAGAUCCUGUUGAGACAUCUGAACAUGUGGAGCUUUGACAACUGGCCAAAGCGGUUGAUUUUAAACUUGACUUCAGCACUUAGCACAUCCUCUGGACUCAGACCAACAAGAGUGGUUACAAGUAUUUUAUCUGUCUGGGAUCAUGGAUUUCUGGACUAAGAGACAUUUAACUAAUUUUUUUUCAUUUUUAUGUUUCACGUUUGCUCAACAUGUCGUGUCAUGUCUUUUUAAAAUAAGGAAGGAAAGGUAUUAAAGAAUCUAAAUUUCAAUUUAA